AGGCCGUGCUAUCUUCGUCAUGCGAUUGGCCUCAGACCGCGUACGCAAGGUACUACUCUGUUAAGACGGGCGUCUAGUGGUUUUCUAGUGUCCGUGGUUCUCGGUACACUCGAUACACAUCGCCAGUGCAUCACCAAGACAUGAUGAUAGGACUCUGGAGGUCGAACACCCAAGGAAACAGGCACGAUCACUGCGACGCUGACCGAAUCUCCCAGGCCUUGUACCCGGAUCGGCACGGUAAGGCCAUCGCCAAGGCUGGCAAGGCUGGUCAGUUCCAAAUCUCCCGGCCAUUAACAGUACAGUAUUGCCACUCGCGGCGGCGGCGGACGGUAACUGAGCACGCGACCGGGCCCCCCGUAUGCUGUAUGGCGGCGGUUCUUUUUAUACGUCUUCCCUGCCGAUCUCCAUGGCGAUUCGUGGUUUUCCUUGGUUCCCCAUCUGUCUUAUUAUUCUACGCCGCACUGAUUACGUCGCUCCCAUUUGAAUAAAAUACUACUAAUAAUAAUCUUCUCUCUCUUUUCUUUCCCUUCUUCUUUCUUGUAUUUCUAUUCGAAGUUUUUCCUCCUACGCCUUCGAUUUGCCCCGGUCCCUGCACCUCUCUUCGCCCGCCCCCUUUGAACCUUUCGGCCCUUCGGAUCCCGCCCAUUCCGCCUUAUUUCUUAGCAGCGCGAACACCCUCGCCUUAUCUGCGCCAUCGUGCAACCUCGGAUAAGAGCAUGCGCUCUCCGAGUCAUUGAUUGAAAGAGAUAAACCGUCUUUUGUUUCGCCAUGUGGUCUUCGGCUCCCCGUCUUCUUCUCGGUCUCUAUGGGCUGUUAUCGG